AUGACGGACCACCCAACAGCUUCCUGGGAGGCCAUGCAAGAUGGCAACGUCUUCUAUAAGCGGCACCAGAUUUAUUCAAUUUCAGGAAAGCUACCCAGCCUCGGCGACUUCAUUAUUGCUGGGUGUCGAUAUGGCGGUCCUCUAGCUCUCAUGCGGGACAAUGCGAAGUUGGUCGCACUCGGUCGCGCAACACCGUCCUUUGCGAAGGCGCAGAUACAGGUCUACUCUCUGGCUGGCGAGGGUAUAUUGCUAUUCAGUUGGGAUCAAGGGAAGAUCAUCCGUUUCGGUUGGACCGGGGACGAACGGCUAGUUGUGCUGAAUGAGGAGGGUGUGUACCGGUUGUAUGACCUGCAGGGUGACUAUCAGCAAUACUCGUUGGGGAGCGAGGCGGGAGAGCUAGGCAUCGUGGAUGCACGCAUACAUGAGAGCGGCCUCGUAGCGCUGACAGGUUCACUGACGCUACUCGAGGUCAAGGAUUGGCAAGGUGCAAAACCGCUCACCCUAGCUAACCCAGGUUUGUCUCAUCCUCCACAUUCGUGGACGGUCAUUCCCCCCGAUUUUACCAUAUCUCGACAUGUUGAGGUCCUCCUCUCUGUUGAGUCCACUAUCUAUAGUGUCGAUAAUUUGGAGAGUGUCGACCAGCAACUCUCUCGAGGACCGUUCACCCACAUGUCUCCGUCGCCUAACGGUAAAUCACUCGCAUUGCUGCUGGCGACAGGUUUACUCUGGGUUGUUUCGACUGACUUCUCACGAAGCCUUGCGGAAUUCAAUACUCUGAAUGUCAUUGGUGCCGAAGGCGAAGUCAGACAGGUCGAAUGGUGUGGAAAUGACGCGGUCCUAGUGACAUGGGACACACUAGCUCUUCUCGUUGGACCUUUCGGAGACACCCUGCAGUAUUUCUACACAGGACCGACCUUUGUCACCACAGAAGCAGAUGGUAUUCGUGUGAUAGGUCCGGACAGUUGCGACUUCCUCCAAAAGGUCCCUGCUGCUUCUGUAUCUGUGUUCCGUCCCGGGUCCACUUCGCCGUCCGCCAUCUUGUACGAUGCCUGGGAGAACUUCUCUCAUCGGUCACCUAAAGCAGAUGAGAGCAUCCGUAGUAUUCGUCCAGAGCUAGCGGCGGCCGUCAAUGAGUGCAUCGAUGCGGCUGGGCAUGAAUGGGAACCCUACUGGCAGCGACGCUUGCUGAACGCAGCCAAGUUCGGUCGAGCUUUCUUAGAUUUAUAUGAUCCUUCAGACUUCGUGCAUAUGGGGCAGGUUCUGAAGGUCCUCAAUGCUGUGCGGUACUACGAAAUUGGUAUUCCUAUAUCAUAUACACAAUACGUUCAGGUCUCCCCUUCCCAUCUCAUCAAUCGGCUGACCGCACGGAACCAUCAUCUCCUGGCCCUCCGCAUAUCGUCCUUCCUUUCCCUCAAGCCAGACGCAGUGCUCAAACACUGGGCGUGUGCAAAAAUCGUGCGUUCGAAGCCAACGGCGACCGGUUCAGGUCAGGACGUUCAGCUUGCUGGUGAUGACGUUGUCUGCAGGUCUAUCGUCGAGAAAUUUGGGAAGCUCGGCGGCGGAGGCGUAAGCUACGCCGAUAUCGCCAAGCGUGCUUGGGAAGUGGGAAGGGCGGAGCUAGCAACAAAACUUUUGGAUCAUGAACCGCGGGCUUCAGACCAAGUUCCGCUCUUGCUCAGCAUGAAGGAAGACCGCCUUGCGUUGACGAAAGCGGUCGAGAGUGGGGAUACUGACCUUGUCUAUCAUGUUUUGCUUCAUCUGCAGAAGCGCCUGCCACUGGGAACCUUCUUCCGCGUCAUAGAGGAGGGCGGUCCGCGUCUGGCUCCCGCAAGCAAGCUGCUGCAAGUUUAUGCGCGGGACCAGAACCGCGAAAUGCUACGCGAUUUCUACUUCUCGGACGACAGGCGGGUCGAGAGUGCAGUACUUUCCCUAGAAGAAGCUGCUGCCAUGACCGAUCCUGCUUCGAAGAUAACGUCGAUCAAGGCAGCACAGAAGUUCUUUUCAGAAGACAAGGAGAGAGGGUUUGAGGCGAGGAUGACCGACGAGUACGCAAAACUGCUAAGUCUACAACAGCAGUUGGAGAAGGAGGCCGACGGGAAGAUAUCAUUCUUUGGGCUCAGUGUCAACGAGACCAUCCGGAUCUGCCUGAUUAAUGGCAUGGCGAAACGAGCUGAUAAGAUCAAGUCGGACUUCAAGGUCCCUGACAAGAGGUUCUGGUAUGUCAAGUUGCAGGCGUUGACCUCGGUGCGUGACUUUGAAGGUUUGGACGCGUUUGCUCGGUCGAGACGGAGUCCCAUCGGUUACGAGGCGUUCGUGCGACACCUGGUCGAAAAGGGCUAUAACAAAGAAGCUGCUUCCUACGUCAUGCGAUGCGAUGCCAACAAACGGAUUGACCUGUACGUACUGUGCGGGGAGUGGAGGAUGGCCGGCAAGGAGUGCAAGGAAAGGGGUGACAAGGCGAAGGUGGAGCAACUCAGGAAGACAUGCCCAAAUUCUCUAAUUGCAAGAGAACUCGAGCAAAUAUCAGCUUCUAUGAAGUGA